GGGAGACGUGCCGUUGGCGUUGGCUCGGCCGUAGCGUGCCCGGCUCCUUCCUCCGCUGCCUAUAAGCCUAGCUCCACGCACAUUUUGUGCGCGGCCGCACGUAGCCACACGCGCCCUCGCGUGCAGUUCGGCUGGUGUACGUGGGCGCGCGCGCGGAGGGCCAGUUGCGAUGGGUUUCCUCGACUCCCGCGUCGCGGUGCUUGUGCUCGUGCUCGUGCUCCUCGGCCUGUGCACCGCCGUCGCGUGCUCGACGCCUCUACCGCCGGCGGAGAUGUUGCACGAGAGCUACGCGGGGAAGUCGGAGUUCAGGACGGUGAACCGAAAGAAGCUGGGCUCGUGCCUGAACCCGAGCCCGUACCUGGCGAUCAAUGUCAGCACCGGCGGGUCGCCGCUCCCCGACGAGGCGUUCCUCAAGGUGACCGUCGCCGGCGUCCUCAAGCCCGACGACUCCGACUGGGUCGCCAUGGUCACGCCUUCCAACUCCAGUGUUGCCGGAUGCCCUCUGAGUGGAGUGAACUACGUCGAGACUGGCGAUCUGGCGAAUCUCCCGCUUCUGUGCCACUACCCUGUCAAGGCCCAGUACCUGACGAGCGACCCCGGCUACAUGGGCUGCAAAAACGAGGGGUGCGGGAAGCGCGACGCGUCCGGCGCCUGCCAGGCCCGGACCUGCGCCGCCACCCUCACCUUCCACGUCGUCAACUUCCGUACCGACGUCGAGUUCGUCCUCUUCUCCGGCGGCUUCAAGACGCCGUGCGUCCUCAGGCGGUCCGGCGCGCUCCGGUUCGCCAACCCAGCCAAGCCGCUCUACGGCCACCUCUCCAGCACCGACUCCAAGGCCACCUCGAUGAGGCUUACAUGGGUGAGCGGAGACGGGAAGCCGCAGCAGGUGCAGUACGGAGAGGGCAAGUCUGCUACUUCUCAAGUCGGCACGUUCACGCAGAAGGAUAUGUGCGGUAUCGCCGUGUUGCCGAGCCCUGCCAAGGAUUUCGGGUGGCAUGACCCGGGCUACAUCCACUCGGCCGUCAUGACUGGGCUUCAGUCCUCUCAGUCCUACACUUACAGUUACGGAAGUGAUUCUGUGGGCUGGAGUGACACGAUUAAAUUCAGAACCCCACCAGCUGCGGGUUCAGAUGAGCUAUCCUUUGUGAUCUAUGGUGAUAUGGGGAAGGCUCCACUGGACCCAUCAGUGGAACACUACAUUCAGCCUGGGUCGAUUUCUGUGGCCACGGCAGUAGCUCAAGAGAUUUCAACCGGAAAGGUCGACUCGAUCUUCCAUAUAGGAGACAUCAGUUAUGCCACGGGCUUUCUGGUCGAAUGGGACUUCUUCCUUCACCUCAUCACGCCACUCGCUUCUCAAGUCUCGUACAUGACCGCUAUUGGAAAUCAUGAAAGGGAUUAUGCAGACUCUGGAUCAGUGUAUGUGACCCCGGAUUCAGGUGGCGAAUGUGGAGUCGCCUACGAGUCCUACUUCCCCAUGCCUGCUGUCAGUAAGGACAAGCCGUGGUAUUCGAUUGAGCAAGGGAGCGUUCACUUCAUUGUGAUGUCGACCGAGCAUGAGUGGUCAGAGAAGUCACAACAGUACAAUUGGAUGGAUGAAGAUUUGUCAUCGGUCAACCGAACAAGAACACCAUGGGUAAUCUUUAUUGGGCAUAGGCCCAUGUAUUCCAGCAAUGGGGGUAUACUGCCCAGCGUGGAUUCAAACUUUGUUGCCUCCGUUGAGCCACUCCUGCUCGACAACCAGGUGGAUUUGGUUUUCUUCGGCCAUGUACACAAUUACGAGAGGACCUGUGCAGUAUACCAGGGUAAAUGCACAGGUAUGCCAAAGAAGGAUGCAAGCGGAAUUGAUACCUAUGACAACACCAAAUAUACCGCACCAAUUCAUGCCAUUGUCGGAGCAGGAGGGUUCAACUUGGACAACUUCCCUGAGAAUGUGGAGAGCUGGAGCUUAUCGAGGGUUUCAGAGUUCGGCUAUGCUAGGGUGCAUGCCACAAGAACUGAUAUGCUAGUUCAGUUUGUAAACUCAAGUACAAUGGCGGUCCGGGACCAAUUUAGGAUCGUGAGGGGAGCUUCAGCAAAGAAGCCUCGGAACCUGACAAUUCAACAGUAGCUGCAUCUUGUGGCAAAAAGUUGAAACUGGAGCUACGUCCUUUUUGUAUUGCUAUACUGUAAAUUGGUGCUGAAUUUCAGAUUAGUGUAUAGUCCAUAAAUACUUGUAUUUAUUGUUACCACGACAUUUACAUCAAUAGUGCCUUUUCACACUGAUUCUAGUUUCUUAUUAUGUUCAGCCGGUCUCAUUUUAUAUUAGCACAGCCUCCUGAAGGCUUCAUGUACAGUUCCUUGAUGCUCAGGAUAGAAGAUCAAUCUUCUGAGACAUUAUCUACGAAACUGAAAGAGCUACCGCAGGGUA